GUAAUGACCGGAUCAGCCGUCCGACGCGACACGCGUCGAGCAUCCGAACCAUCUGGGAUCGAUCUCCCACCAAGUACUACGACCCCUUUCUUCUUGCAGACAAAGCUGCAGACGCCCCCACCUCGCUGCCAAAACCCUCUCCUUUCCGCUCUCGCCUCUGCCUCUUGGGCUCCAAAUCUCCGCCAGGGACCUUGGGGAAUGAUUUGAGGAAGCUUGGAGUGGGGUUGCAAUGUUCCUUGGAGCUCAAGCAGCUCGGUCGAGCUUCACGGAGCAGCAAAGAAAAGGAGAGAUUUUUUAGGUUUUUGAUCGUCAAGAUCCACGAGCGUGAUCUUAUCUCGCCUUUCCGAGCUUUGUUCGUGUGGAGAAUCUGCCAAAAAUCCCAUCUUUCGGGGGUUUUCGUUCCAAAGAUCUGAUCUUUUUUGUGUUCUUGCCCUGCUCAGCCGUCAAAGAUCGGGUUUCUUUGGGGUUGAUGUCGCUCCCGUUCCAGCAGCAGCAGCAGCUGCCGCCGCCGCCGGUGUACGCGUAUCGAUCCCACGGCGGGUCCGUCGGGCCGGUGAUCGCCGUGCUGGCGGCGAUCGCCGUGCUGGGAGUGAUCGCAGGCAUCCUGGGCCGGCUCUGCUCCGGCCGGACCAUAAUGGGGUACGGGCACUACGACUUGGAAGGGUGGGUCGAGCGGAAGUGCGCCUCCUGCAUCGACGGGAGACUGGAGGCGCCGCCCCAGCCGCGGCGGCCGAGCGCCAACGCGACCGGGGGAAGCCUGCCGUCCCCCUCCGCAGCGGCGCCGCAGGCCAAGCAGUCGGAACGGCGGCCGGACGCCCCAGCGGGGGCGGCGGCGGAGUCGUGAACUGAGACGGCGGCCUUCGAUGCAGCUGCUCUCUGCAUCAAAAAGCUUCCUUUUUCUUCUCCUCCUUUCAAUCUUUUCUUAAUGGUCGUAACAGCUGUUUCGCUGUAUUAUGUUAAUGGAAGCCAUGAGUUCUUCCAUGGAUGUUUACUUGGGAUGGAUCAAUGGAAAUUGUGAGCACAUUGUUCUUUUUCCGCCAAACUCCU